AAUAUUGAUAUCAGGCACGCUAUUUGCUAUAUGCUGGAAGAUAGAGAAAAUAUUCUUUGGUUGUUAUCAUACAAAAUAAAUUCAGUAUAGGUUAUCAGAGACGAGUGUGUGUCUUCUCUAUACACACAAUUCAGUCAUCUGUGUUGUGUUUUUCCAUUGCUCUCAAUUGUGUUGCAUUCAAAAUUAAUCAAAUUAGUUUUCGUUUUUGGGUGCAUAGUCGUUGUACAUACAUCCAAUAAAGAUUAAACUAAAAGGUUAGUUUCUCAGUGAACGGAAUAAUUUUUCGACUUACUGUGUAAUUAGUAGUGUAGCCAGAACAAAAUUUAUUGCCAAAUGCAAGCUUUGAGAAAUAGCGCACGAAUCGGAGUCUCUCUAAACAUUUUGAAGCAACAGAAUCGUACAAUGUCUGCCUACCUCAUCGAUGAUCCUAAAUAUUCAUUUCUGAAAGAGCUUGGACUGAAUAAAGUGAAUUCAGGUGUUUACAAUGGCAAAUGGACAGGAAAUGGCCCAACAGUCAAAUCGAUCGAUCCAGCAACGGGACAGGUGAUUGCAGAAAUUAGAACCGGAACCGUUGACGAAAUGGACGAAUGCAUUCGGGUCGGAACUGAAGCAUAUAAAACGUGGAGCAACAUAGCUCCACCACGUCGAGGUGAAAUCGUUCGGCAAAUAGGUGAUGAGCUGAGAAAAUACUUGCAACCGCUCGGAAAGCUGGUAUCGCUUGAAAUGGGAAAAAUUCUACCGGAAGGUGUCGGAGAGGUGCAAGAGUUUGUUGAUAUUUGUGACUAUGCCGUUGGUCUAUCGAGAAUGUUUGCCGGUCAAGUGAUACCAUCCGAACGCAAUCAGCACAUUAUAUUGGAGAAAUGGCGCCCGUUGGGUUUGGUUGGAGUGAUUUCGGCGUUUAAUUUUCCCAAUGCAGUUUUCGGUUGGAAUGCAGCUAUAGCUUUAACUGUCGGUGAUACGGUAUUGUGGAAGGGUGCACCGUCCACAUCCUUAAUUUCAAUCGCAACAACGAAAAUUGUAGCUGACGUUGUUGAAAGAAAUGGUCUGCCACCCAUUUCCACUCUGUGUCAAGGUGGAGCGGACGUAGGCAGAAAAUUGGUGAAUGAUGAUCGUGUCAAACUCGUAUCGUUUACCGGAAGUACAGCUGUUGGUCGUGAUAUUGCCGUCGAUGUUCAGCGAAGAUUCGGAAAAGUUUUACUGGAACUUGGAGGAAAUAAUGCGCUCGUUAUAAACGACGAUGCAAACUUUGAUAUGGCAUUGGAUGCCGCUUUCUUUGGAUGCGUUGGCACGGCUGGACAAAGAUGCACGACAACCAGGAGACUGAUUAUACAUGAAUCGCUAUACGACAAAUUUCUGUCUGAACUUGUUAGACGAUAUGGCAAUUUACUGAAGAACAAGGUCGGUCAUCCGCUGGAGUCGGCUACAUUGUUCGGCCCACUUCAUAAUCAAGUGGCUGUAGACAAUUACAAAAAUACCAUAAACGAAGCAGUACAGCAAGGAGGUAAAAUCGAAUUUGGUGGCAAAACGAUCGAUCGUCCUGGCUUUUUCGUUGAACCAACCAUCAUCAGCAAUUUGAAACACAAUGCUCCAGUUAUAAUGAAGGAAACUUUUGCUCCCAUUGUUUAUGUGCUCAAAGCAAAGAAUUUGGACGAGGCUAUUGAAUGGAACAAUGAAGUCGACCAGGGAUUAUCCUCGGCUAUUUUCACAAAGGAUAUCACAUCCAUCUUCCAAUGGAUUGGACCAAACGGAUCCGAUUGUGGUUUGGUGAAUGUGAACACAUCUCCAUCUGGUGCAGAAAUCGGCGGUGCAUUCGGUGGCGAAAAGCAUACAGGAGGUGGCCGUGAAUCUGGCUCUGACGCAUGGAAACAGUAUUGUAAACGUUCAACCGUCACUUUAAAUUAUUCUCGGGAAUUGCCGUUGGCGCAAGGAAUCGUUUUUGAAUGAAAUGCUUUCUGUUCCACUAAAACAGUGUUAGGAUCGAUGUACCAAAAUGUUGAUUGCAGUAAAUGUUUUUU